AUGACGACUACCGGUGUUGAGGGCUCCGCCGGAAUGUCGGCCGCUCCGUUCUUGCAAGGCAUGGCCCAGCUGCGUCCACCGUCGCCGUUCGACUUCGACAACCCUAGCUCAUGGCCUACAUGGCUGCUGCAGUUCGAGGACUUCUCGUUCGCUACCGCACUUUACGUCACUCCGGCACAGGAACAAGUGCGCUCCAUGCUCUUCUGUAUGGGCCCGCAAGCCAGGGUUUUCCUCGCGUCGACUACGCUAGGUGAGGCGGAUAUGAAGGACGUCGCCGCCGUGAAGAAGGCGUUCACCGACCACUUCGUGCACCCGCCGAACGAGCUUUACGAGUCGGCGCGCUUCCACCGCCGUACGCAGCAACCAAGUGAAACGGCCUACGCAAUUUUUACGGCGCUCCGGACAAUGGUAAAGUCCUGCAACUAUCCGUCGUCCGACGUCGAAGAGCGGCUCGUCCGAGACCGUUUUCUCGUGGGCUUGCUCGACCGCGAACUCUCGGAUAAGCUCUGUCAGAACCCGAAAAUGACGCUACACGAAGCGCUGACGUACUACGUUCGUCAGCACGAAGAUGCAGGUAACGAGCGCAGAGCUCGUAACUCGGCAGAGGCAUCUUCGUUCGCCGUCGACGCCGCUCGCCUUCGCAAGGGAAAGCAAGCACCAGCUGAUUCUGCGGACGAGCGUCACACCCUCGCGCCAACUGUCCCGCUCGCACUUCUCUACGUCCUAGCAACCAAGACGGUCCCGCUGCUAGGUUUCCCGGCAAUCCAAGCCUUGGGCGUCUGCACGUUUGUCGACGAAUUCGCGAGGACUUCACAGCCCACGGGCGACUUUUGUUUCGAUCCCAGUCUCUUCCGAGGACUUGGGACGCUCCCCGAAGCUUACACUAUCAGGCUGCAACCCAAUGCUACGCCUUUGUCGUUGAGCGUACCCCAGCGCAUUCCACUCCCUCUCCAAGACGUCGUCAAGACUGAGCUAGGCAAGCUAGAAGCGGAGGGCGUGAUUCGUCGAGUGGACACACCCACGGACUGGUGUGCUGGGCUGGUUGUCGUCCCCAAGGUCUCGGGCGGCUAUCGGCUGUGCGUGGACUUGACUCGCCUUAAUAAGGUGACUCUUCGAGAGCGUGACGUGCUCCCUACAGUGGAACAAUGCCUCGGAUUCCUUGGAGAGGCUACAGUUUUCUACAAGCUAGAUGCCACGUCAAGCUUCCACCAGGUCAAGCUGUCCCCCGAGUCCCAAGAAUUGACCAUAUUUAUAACCCCGUUUGGACGUUAUUGUUUUCUCCGUCUGCCGUUUGGGAUCGCGUCUGCACCGGAAUACUUCCAGCGGCAGAUGUCCCGGAUCCUCAAAGGCCAAGCGUGUGUGGUGAACGUGAUCGACGACAUCCUCGUCUUUGGGAAGACACGCUCCGAGCAUGACCACCGUCUCCGACAAGUCAUGGACCGGCUAGCAAAGGCAGGAGUCACGCUCAACCGCGAGAAAUGCUCGUUUUCGACGACUUCGAGUGUCAAGUUCCUUGGCGUCGUGGUCAGCGCGGAAGGAAUUCCUCCAGACCCAGACAAGGUUGCAGCGAUCCGAUUCAUGCAUCCAUCCGAAGAUGUCGCAGGGGUCCGUCGCCUGCCAUGCCUCGUGAACCACAUCGGACGCUUCUUACCGCACGUUUCGGAGGUGACUGCGCCGAUCCGAGCACUGCUGCUCAAAAACUCUGCCUGGACGUGGGGCCGGCGCAGCAGUCUGCCUUCUCCGAACUGA